AUUUACAUUUUAGUCAUUUAGCAAACGCUUUCUCUAAAUUUCUUGUACGUUUUUGAACAUAGUGUGACGUACAUUUGCUCCGUACGGUGGGUGUGCCGGAGUGUAGCUUGAAGAAAUUAGUGACAUUUAACUAUCAAUGCAAUGGUUGGGGCUAAUGGGGGUUGACAAAAGCUGUCACGAAUUAGAUAUUUUGAGACCAAUGCCCAUUUUCCAGACAUGUCACAUGGUGAUUGUCAUGUGAGCAUUGGAAGCUGCGGCUUUGUGAUUGCCUGGAGAGCGCAGUGUCCCUAUUCUCUUGUAAUUUGUUUCCUUAAUGUUUAGCUUUCUGACAGUCCUAAAAGAUAAUUUCUUAAAUUGUAUUAUUCGUAGGAAUUCAUUAAUGUCCUGCAAAGCUUCGCCAUGGCAUCAACGAACUGUAACUGCAUCCAAGACGGUACAGAGAAGGAUGAGCUGUUCUCGCCUGUGAGCAGCUACAGGUCCGAUGACCUCAGUGGCAAGAACCCCCGGGUCACCGGUCUGGUAGGCUCAGAGCUCAGGCAACAGCAGCAGGAGGAGGAGGCACUGCGGAGGAAGCUCAAGUACUUUUUCAUGAGCCCCUGUGACAAGUACCACGCCAAGGACCGCAAGCCCUUUAAACUGGUCCUGCAGCUGCUCAAGAUCCUCAUUGUCACUGUACAGUUAGUCCUGUUUGGCUUGAGUAACCAGAUGGUGGUGACAUUCAAGGAAGAGAACACAGCAUCCUUCAAACACCUUUUCCUUAAAGACUACCGGGAUGGCUCUUCAAUGGCAAUCCACACACAGAGUGAACUCUAUAGCCAUAUUUAUUAUGCUGUAGAUCAGUUCCUGGUUCUACCACAGACAUCACUAGGGCGGUAUGCAUAUGUGUGGGGUGAGGCUGUGAAUGGGAGUGCCCUCUCUCUGUGCCAGCGGUACUACAAGAGGGGCAUCAUCGACCCCAUCAACGACACCUUUGACAUCGACCCCGAAGUUAUCACCGAUUGCAUUGGUGUAGACCCACGACCAGACCCCCCUCCUGAUUACAGUGACUACAAGAACUUCAUUCUCCAGUUUCACAAACUGAUCAAUGUGACCAUUCAGUUCCAGCUGAAGGCAAUAAACAUCCAGACCAUCAUCAACAAUGAGAUCCCUGACUGCUACACCUUUGCUAUUAUGGUUGUCCUGGAUAACAAGGCUCACAGCGGCCGAGUGAAGAUCAGCCUGCUCAACCAUGCCUCCAUCAAGAAGUGCAAAGACCCCAACGUGUGGGGACAUGCGGAGAACUAUGCACGGGAGGCUUUUGACUUGUUGGUUGCCAUAGUGUGUCUGCUGUCCCUGCUGCUGUGUGGUCGCUCCAUCCUCAGAGGAGUCAUCCUACAACAUGAGUAUGUCCAGUUCUUCAGACACAGACUGAAUCACAGUGUGUGCUGGGCAGACAGGAUGGAGUUCAUUAACGGCUGGUUCAUCCUGCUCAUCAUCAGUGACCUGCUCACCAUCACCGGCAGCUUCAUCAAGAUUGGCAUAGAGUCCAAGAACAUGUCAUUGUAUGAUGUGUGUGGGAUUUUGCUCGGUACCUCCACUCUGCUGGUGUGGGUGGGAGUCCUCCGCUACCUCAGUUUCUUCCAGAAGUACAAUAUCCUGAUUGUGACGCUGCGGGCUGCCUUCCCUAAUGUAAUCCGCUUCUGCCUCUGUGUAGCUGCCAUAUACCUGGGUUAUUGCUUCUGUGGCUGGAUCGUGCUGGGUCCUUACCAUACCAAGUUCCGCUCUCUGUCCAUGGUGUCAGAGUGCCUGUUUUCUCUGAUCAACGGGGACGAUAUGUUUGUGACGUUUGCAGAGAUGCAGAAGAGUGGCACUCUGGUGUGGGUGUUCAGCCAGGUCUACCUCUACACCUUCAUCUCCCUCUUCAUCUACAUGGUGCUCUCCCUCUUCAUUGCUCUCAUCACCGGAGCCUACGAUGCCAUCAUGGCCCAAACCCAGGAGCCGAUGCACAUCACAGACCUGCAUGCUUUCAUAGCAGAGUGUACUGAUACACCUUGCUCUGGAAAGUUCAGUGGCCCAGAGGCAUCCUCCUGUUCAUUCUUCUGCUGCUGUGACUGAAGAGAGAAUCCACCAGUGGGGGGAUGUCUUCUAGGUGAUAUGACCUUAGACUACACUGUCCUCUGUAGGAUGUGCCACAACGAUGCAUUUAAAUUCAGACUGGUACAGUAUGUUACUAACUGCUGUAGAUUGCACAUUAAUAUUUAACACGCCAGUUCAUUGGGUUUUUAUAGCUAACAAGUUACAUUCAUAUGGCUAGCACAUUCUGCUAGCUAAUUCAUGACUGUAAUACAGCAAUAUAGCUAGCUGUCCUUUCAGAGAGAGAACUGAUUUUGCACAACAUACUGUAUAUCUGAAUGUUUUACUUAAUAUGAGUUGUAUUUAUGCUGCAGUUUUGAUUGAUAUUGUUGAUAAGCCUAUGUUGAAUUGGGUCUGCAUGACCCUAUGACUGAAGGACGGCAAUGGUUUAAUUGUGCUUUACUGUGCCUGGGGGGCCCUGAACGUUAUGAUUGUCCUCUGAAUCAUGUUUAUGACAGAGACACACACUAACAGACAGGCUGAAACGUGCACACCGUUAUGUACUGUAUUUUUAGGGAAGGCUACUCACUCUUUGGUCCUUUAUUCCCUUCUCCUCUGGAUGGGAUGACAACAUGUUCAAGGUAAGGACCUGCAGCCAUAGUUAGUCAUCAAUAUGUAUGAAGCCUUUGGUGUAAAGAGACAGGUGAUCCUGACCCGAACACCAAUGCACUGCAAGACAGCUAUAGUGGGUUUUAUAGUGCACCCUACAGAAUCCAUAUUGCUGAGGAAAAGCUACAUUUUUUUUAAACAAUGCUAAAUGUUUUAACCACCCUUAUUAAUUAUUUUGUUGGAUGACUUGCAUCUGACUGAAAUACAAGGGAUUAUUUUAUGAAAUAUGUCUGACGUUGUUAUAUUGAAUUCAGUGGUCAUUUAUUGAAUCUCUCUCCGGUCAAAUGCAUUCUGCAAACCAGUAUGUGGUUCAAAUCAUGAUUCACUGAAGGAAAGGGACUGAAUUAUCAUAUUGUAUCUGUUUUAUUUGAAAAAUCUUUUGAAGUGAUGUCAUUUCAUUGUAUGAAAUGUUAUGAAAGCUUAUAGUGAUGUUCAUUAGGUGAAAAAAAGGACUCUAACUGCACAAGAUUUGUAAGCGAUCAAAAGGAAGGGAAGAGUUGGACAAAUAGAGAAAUCAUUGAUGCCUACCCAGAAUGCACUGUUUCUGGUGAAGUUGUUAUUCCAUUACAUGUUUUCCAAAAAUUAUUUAUUCAAGUAUGUGUUGAUGACCAGAAAUGUACAUUUUUUUUUUUCGUUCUUUGAAUGUUUUUACUUAGUACAUUUUAUCUUGCUUGAGAUGAUCAGGUAUGCAUAUGAGAUGAUCAGGUAUGCAUAUGAGAUGAUCAGGUAUGCAUAUGAGAUGAUCAGGUAUGCAUAUGAGAUGAUCAGGUAUGCAUAUGAGAUGAUCAGGUAUGCAUAUGAGAUGAUCAGGUAUGCAUAUGAGAUGAUCAGGUAUGCAUAUACGAUGAGUUGUGAUGACAGAACAUGAAGCAGCGCUAAAUGUCUCAUGACAUGCAGCACAGUGGCGCAGCAGAUUACAUGUAAGGGUAGUAGUACUGUAUUUCUUAACUACAUGUGCUUUAUACUCUGCUAAUGUGAUCAUUUCUGAUUUUGUUUUACUUUUUGUUUUAAAAAUGUUGUGGUUAGUUCGACUGAUACUAAUAAUUUUAGUAUGGCCAAAUUGCUCAACGUCUACAUUUUGGAUCGCUUGUACAUAUUUAUUUUGUUACUUUUUUUUUAAAGCCGUUCUCGUUUCAUGCACUUUUCAUUCAGUUCAUUCAGUACAUUGCAUUCCUUUCUGUCUAUUGCCAGUAAACCACCUCCAAUUAAAACUAUUGAAAAGCAUGCUCUUUUACUUCUACCAAGCUGAAGUCCUAUUUUCUGGUGAUGUGGUCCAUGUUACUGUUUUUCUGCUCUCUCGUCGUCAAGGACAUUUUACAUUUAGUGCUCUUCAUGGUCACUGAGGCAGAACAACCAUUUCCUUUUGUUAAUUAUACUGGUUGAGUGCUCGACCUCAGUGCUCGACAUAUUCAAUCAAUCCCUAUCCUAUUCUGCUGUGCCCACAUGCUUCAAGAGGGCCACCAUUGUUCCUGUUCCCAAGAAAUCUAAGGUAACUGAGCUAAAUGACUACCGCCCCCGUAGCACUCACUUCUGUCACCAUGAAGUGCUUUGAGAGAAGAGUCAAGGAUCAUAUCACCUCCACUCUACCUGAUACCCUAGACCCACUCCAACUUGCUUACCGCCCCAAUAGGUCCACAGGUGACGCAAUCACACUGCACACUGCCCUAACCCAUCUGGACAAGAGGAAUACCUUAUGUAAGAAUGCUGUUCAUCGACUACAGCUCAGCAUUUAACGCCAUAGUACCCUCCAAACUCGUCAUUAAGCUCGAGAACCUGGAUCUCGACCCCGCCCUGUGCAACUGGGUCCUGGACUUCUUGAUGGGCUGCCCCCAGGUGGUGAGGGUAGGAAACAUCUCCACCCCUCUGAUCCUCAACACUGGGGCCCCACAGGGUGCGUUCUGAGCCCUCUCCUGUACUCCCUGUUCACCCAUGACGACUCCAACUCAAUCAUCAAGUUUGCAGAUGACACUACAGUGAUAGGCUUGAUCGCCAGCAAUGACGAGACUGCCUACAGCGAGAAGGUGAGAACCCUUCUGAGUGUGGUGUCAGCAAAAUAACCUCGCACUCAACGGCAACAAAACAAACAAGAUGAUUGUGGACUUCAGGAACCAGCAAAGGGACAGGCCCCUAUCCACAUCGAUGGGACAGUAGUGGAGAAGGUGGAAAGUUUUAAGUUCCUCUGCGUACACAUCACGGACACACUUAAAUGGUCCACCCACACAGACAGCGUGGUGAAGGCGCAAUAGAGCCUCUUCAACCUCAGGAGGCUGAAGAAAUUUGGCUUGUCACCAAAAACACUCGCAAACUUUUACAGAUGCACAAUCGAGAGCAUCCUGUCGGGCUGUAUCACCGCCUGGUACGGCAACUGCUCCGCCCACAACCACAUUGCUCUCCAGAGCGUAGUGAGGUCUGCACAACACAUCACCGGGGGCAAACUACCUGCCCUCCAGAACACCUACACCACCCGAUGUCACAGGAAGGCCAAAAAGAUCAUCAAGGACAACAACCACCCGAGCCACUGCCUGUUCACCCCGCUGUCAUCCAGAAAACGAGGUCAGUACAGGUGCAUCAAAGCUGGGACCGAAAGACAGAAGCUGUUUUUUCAAUCUCAAGGCCAUCAGACUGUUAAACAGCCAUCACUAACUUUGAGUUGCCAACAUACAGACUCAAAUCUCUAAUAAUUGGAUGUAAUAAAUGUAUCACUAGUCACUUUAAACAAUGCCACUUUAAUCAUGGUUACAUACCCUACAUUACUCAUCUCAUAUGUAUAUGCUGUACUCUAUACCAUCUACUGCAUCUUGCCUAAGCUGCACGACCAUCGCUCAUCCAUAUAUUUGUAUGUACAUAUUCUUAUUCAUCCCUUUACACUUGUCUGUAUAAGAUAGUUGUGAAAUUGUUGGAUUACUUGUUAGAUAUUACUGCACUGUCAGAACUAGAAGCACAAGCAUUUUGCUACACUUGCAUUAACAUCUGCUAACCAUGUAUGUGACCAAUAAAAUUUGAUUUGACCUGUUA